AAAUUUCUGCUUAUUUCUUAGGUAUAGGAUAAUCACACAAACUAGAGCCGAUAUAAACGCAGUAAGUUAAUAAUAAAGGUGGUUUCCACCUCAUACAGCAGAAUGGUUCAGGUACUAAGGUUGUACAGGUUCCCCCCGUAUGUGUGGGUCUCAUGCUUCCUAUCAGUCAUGUGUUUAUCCGGGCAAGGGUUGGGGCCAAAGGCGAUCGCUUCAACGCAGAGGCUCGAACUCAGAGACAAAGUCCUUGAGAUGUUCAACCACGCAUACAACGCUUAUAUGACCAACGCAUACCCCGCAGAUGAGUUGAUGCCGAUCGCAUGCAAGGGUCGAAUACGGGGUGUUACGCCUUCAAGGGGCGACAUUGAUGAUACGCUGGGGAAUUUCUCGUUGACCCUUGUUGACACGUUGGACACGCUUGCGCUGCUUGGGUUGCACGAUGAGUUCGAGGUGGCCGUGCGUCGAGUGGAACGCGAUGUGUCGUUGAACGCUGAUCUUCUCGUGUCUGUGUUUGAGACGAAUAUAAGGAUGCUGGGGGGUUUACUUGGUGGUCACUCAGCUGCAUUAGAACUCCAGGAAAGUCACAACCGGAUGAAGUGGUAUAAUGGUUCAUUACUUAGGAUGGCUAAGGAGCUUGGUGACAGGUUGUUACCAGCGUUUAAUACAUCAACAGGGAUGCCUAUGAGUCGUAUAAACUUAUCAACCGGAUCCGUUCGUCGAUUGAAAGAUCGCGACACUUGCACUGCGUGCGCUGGGACGACUAUACUGGAGAUGUCGGCAUUAUCUAGAUUUACAGGCGACCCGGUGUACGAGGAUCGAGCACGCGAAGCCAUGGAUUAUUUGUGGUCGAGGAGACAACGAUCGUCCGAUCUUAUGGGGACCGUACUUAAUGUCGAGAACGGGGAGUGGGUUAGGAAAGAAAGUGGAAUAGGAGCCGGCAUAGAUUCAUAUUACGAAUAUUUAUUGAAAGCUUAUAUAUUGUUGGGUGAUGACACUUAUCUACACAGGUUUAAUACGCAUUAUCAGGCCAUCAAUAAGUUACAUUCAACCCCCCUACAGGCCAUCAAGCAAUACGUAGCACAAGGCCCGAUGAUGAUCGACGUGUUGAUGCACAAACCAACCACGGCAGCAAGGAACUUCAUCGACGCACUAUCCGCAUUCUGGCCUGGACUACAGGUAUUGAAAGGAGAUUUAAAAUCAGCCAUCGAGACGCACGAACUCUUGUACCAAGUAUUCACUCGUCAUACUUUCCUCCCUGAAGCUUUCACCACCUCGUUCGAUGUACAUUGGGGGCAGUAUCCCCUUCGUCCUGAGUUCGCUGAAAGUACCUACCUACUAUACAAGGCAACAGGCGACCCAUACUACCUACAAGUUGGGAAAACAAUUUUGGAAAACCUUGAGAGUCGAGCGAGGGUGGAAUGCGGGUACGCUGGGAUUAAGGAUGUCCGUACAUUCACCCACGAGGACCGCAUGGAUUCUUACUUCCUCGCCGAGAUGUUUAAAUAUCUUUACUUACUUUUCUCAUCAUCCUCAGAGGAUCUAGGAAUCAACAUCGAUAACUAUGUGUUAACCACUGAGGCGCAUCUGCUACCUCUCAAACUAUCGCUACUGUCGCCUCAUAAUAAGACGAAAACCAAGUUCACGUUGUCCAGUGUUGACCGGUCAUGUUCUAAUUCUGAUUACGUUAAGAGCGGAAACUUGAGGUCAAUCCACGAGUUGCGCAGCACUGUUAAAGUUGAUGCGAUUAACGUGAAGCAGCCAACGCAGUGCCCCAACAGCCCCAACAACCCCACCCCCUCACCCACCCAAUGGGUCGGCCCCCGAACCCUCAAAGCAUCUGAGUUGAUCCCAAACAACCAACAACACAUCGCGAUCCUUAAAAGGAUGGGGAUAACAAUGGUUGUGUUGAAGGAUGGGAAGAUCCAACUUGUACAACACCACAACAUGGCUUCUACACCAAGAGAUGCUACGGAAGGCACGAUGUUCAUGCAUGAGAUGAUGGAAUUAUCCAAGAAAGCUGAAGCUCCACAAAACCCACUGUACAUACAAAUACUUAGUAGACCGUACAAAGGAUCUCUUGCACUACGGGCCCAACCAGCACAGUUUGGUCCCAGUUUCGAUUCAAUUGAAGGAGGGGUAUCGGGCUACGCAGUAAUAUCCGACCCAGUUGAUGGAUGUUCUAACUCCCAACACCCGGUCAAGGGUAAGAUUGUGGUGGCCGAACGUGGAAGUUGUAUGUUUGUACAGAAAGCUAAGGUGGCGGAAUCGCAAGGAGCUGUUGGGAUUAUUAUAACCGACAAUGUUGCUGACUCAUCAUUUGAAGGGAGUUCCCCGUUUGCGAUGGCAGGAGACGACGAAACAAUCGUCAACAUCCCAGCGAUGUUCCUUUUCACUAAAGAAGGAGGGAUCAUCAGGGAUUUGAUCCGGGAUGCGGGGGAGCUUCGUCUUUUUCUUUCCAAUCAUCUCAAACCACUGCGUAAGUUGGAAAAAUGUGAAAUUAUGCUCGAGGAGAUUGACGUCCCCGCUGAUGUGUCAAGCGACACCAAUAAUGUACAACCCCCACCCGUUGAAGUGUCAAGCGACACUGUAAGUGAACAACCCCCACCCACUAAAGUGUCAAGCGACACCAAUAGUGAACAACCCCCACCCACUAAGGGUGAAUUUUAACCUCAUAUUUAUUCGGUGCUACUUUAGUGCAAUAUCAUAAUACCUAUUAUGAUGUCAUCAAUUGGUGAUGAACUAACGAGAUAUUGUUUCGUUUACUUGUUUAUGAUGUCAUAAUUAAUGUUAUUGUCCGAACAAGAGUUUGUUGAUGAUGUCACUUUGCCAUAGAUGAUGUCACAAUGUUCAUUGUUUUGAAAUUUUUAUGUUAAUGUUUUGCACUUUCUACCACUUGGUGGGGCAAAUAUUUCUUUGUUUGUUAUUUUAUGACGUGGCAGUAGCUGAUUGGCCGAUUUACUGUGAUCACUGGUGCGUGACACUUUUAUUUCCGAGGCCACGACGUCAUAAUGGUUAUUAUGACAUCAUAGAUGUGCAAUGUAUCAGUUUGAUAUGUUGUUUCUAUAAUAAAUAUUUUAAAUGAUUUCUAUUCUUUGCGAAGAUUGAAAGUUGGUAAAGCGAAGCCGUUGAGUGAAUUGCAAGUUGUUGAUGACGUCAUUAUUGAUUACGUCAUGUAAGUUGAUACAAUGACGUCAGUAAUGAUUGUGACGUCACAUACAAACCAUUGCAAUAAUUCCUAACUAGUCAAUGUUGACACUUGCUGUUACGACUUAUUUUAUGAGAUCAGUAAAAUACUGGAGAUUUUAUUCUCAUGAAACCACUUGGUCGUGAUAAUGAUAUUUCCCUAGACGCUAACACCUCCAAUAAAUUUACUUUUUAAUAUAUAUGACCCAAAUA